AGGACAAUAUAUUAUAAUCUCACUGUGUGUUGACGCCGAACUUCAGGCAAGGGAAACAGGCAGGGGGCAUUUUCCCCCCAUAAGGCCUGGUGACGAGGGAUACACGGUGUUUUACAUACUACAUGAUACAUACGCAGUGAGAGGUACACAGUGUUUUACAUACUAUUUAUACAUACGCAGUGAGAGGUACACAGUGUUUUACAUUCUACAUGCAUACGCAGUGAGAAUACAGUGUUUUACAGAAUAUACAUACUCGGUGAGAGGUACACUCUUUAACAUACUACAUCCUACAUACACAGUGAGAGGUACACCGUGUGAGUGUGUUCGCGUCCAAGCAAGCGUAGCGUAAACUCGUGAGUUUGGAGAACAAAAUUAUAACAAACGCAGAUGUGACAGUGGACACUUCGUAUGUUUGUUUUCAGAAGAACUUCAAGAAGAAACGGUUGGUGUUUUCCUCUUUCUUUCAUAGAGAGAAAAACCGUGUGAGUGAAGUAAUCAAAGUGUGAACAAAUGUGCAGCGCUAUAUCGUUCCAUAUUAUUACCUGCGGGUCUACGCGUCAUAAUAAUAAUUAUUACUCAAUUUACUACGGAUUGUACGUGCUGUUUUCAUCACGAGUCCUUCUGCGCUGAAAUUUUCGGAGAGGACACACGGUCUGUUGCAUAGAGCUCUCCAUGCUAUACACGUAUUUCUGGUUGUUCUGAGGUCAUGACAAUGCUGGUAACAGCCUCGUAACCAUCCCAACCAGCAAAUUGAACGAUCUGACAGAAUGGACAGUGAAAGACAUUUCGGCUGUGGUACUCAAUCUUGCACGUAUCAACAAAUACACACAGAAAGACAAAGAUCAAUCAAAUGCUGCCCUUCAGAUUCCUCCUCUGUCAUGCUUAGCAGACCUCCGUCAGGCAUCGGUUGAGGCUAUUCAUCUCCUUAUUGACAGUUUGGAGGCAGUUGAGCAUCAGCAGAGAGGAACUGUAAGAGCUGUAUAUUUCUUGAAGCCAAAAAGCAAGACCAGAUCUCAUGUCCUGAAGAAGCUUCUGGGAGUCAAACCAAGCAAAAAGAGACCUAGAAUUCCAUUAUUUAAGAUUGUCUUAAUCAAAAGCCUGCAAGAGCUGUACAGUCACAUAGACGUGAGUCAGCUGACCUUGGACUUUUGUGGGACUCUCCGGUACAGUCACCAGGCUUGGCUUCACCUCUAUCAGGUGGUUGUACAGUGCAUCGAGUCAUGUCAGGCUCUUUUGUCAAAGCUUCCAAGUGUGAAAGACAAAGUUGAGCUCUUGCAGGAGUAUGAAACAGAUGGUCAGUCAUCGAAUCAGCUACAGUCUUUGCUGUCUGACCUCGCAGAGAAGUUCCAUAUUAUUGUUGAAGAUUCGACUCUUCCAAACUGUCUAACACAGAGCAAGCAGACGUUGUUCCUCUUGGACCACCCAGCCUCAGACAGCCAGUUGCUGGCCAUUCACUCCGACCUGGUCCAGGGCCUUCAUGUAUACCUACGGGGUUUAUUCACUGAGCUUGACCAGUGGCGUCGUGACCUGGAGGAGACCUGGAGGCAGACAGAGGUCAAGCUAGCUGGACUUAUACAGAUGCACAAACAUCAGGAGAGGUCGAGAGAGAUUGAACGAAAGAUUCGUGAGCACUACCAGCCAUUGCUGAGGGAACAUCCUAUUGUGGGCAGAACACUCAGCCAGGCAGAGUUGUACCGAGCCCAUUUCACGACCACUUUGUACGAACCUGCAAAGGAGCUACUCAGUCAGGCUACGGAAAUUCUGAUGGCUGUGCAGCGACUCCAGGCAUCCCUGCAACAGUCACCAGGCUCGGGGAGUGCUGGGCGCGAAGGCAAUAUGUCUAUCGAGGUGUCGGAGAUUAGCCACUGCUUGACCACAAGCAUACAGCCCUUCACCUACCAGCUCCAGCAUCUGCAGCAGCUCUAUGUCAGCAUCCAUAUCUUCCACUUGCUGUUUGAAAAGGCUUUGACGUGGUAUAAAAAGGUUCUGAAGUUUCUGCCCGACAGUCUGCUCCAGCGCUGCUCUGUGGAGUCUGGUGCCCAGCUGAAUGGACCGCUGGGUGUUCCCGCUGCUCGCAUGGAAUCUCUCGUCUUUAUGCCUGCAGAGUGGCUCAGUGCAGUACGUGUCUUUUUGGCUCGCCAUCCGCCCCCACGAGACGAGCAUGUUGACCGACUGGAUGUAAACACACCGCAGCAAGUGGACAGGAAGCUCAGGUCUCAAGCUCGGUCACUGGCUCUCAGGCAUGUUCUGUUGUCCUCUGUACUGUCCAUUGUGAUGUCAGUAGACUCGGUGGUGCAGUGGUUAGGCUCUUAGACUGGCAACUGUUAGGUCAUGGGAUCGAAUCCUGUUAAGGGCUUUAUGUUGUGUCCUUGGAAAAAGCCACUUUGCUCAAAUUUUUUUCACUUCAUCCAGAUGGGACUAUCGAGUUUGUUCCCCGUCUAUCCCCUUUGGAACGA